UUGUCGUCAAAAUAAUUAUUCACCCUGCUGCGCUUUGCAACGGCUAUAAGCGGGCGACUGGCGUUGCAUGCGAUGCGCGACCCAUCACCUGUAAUGCUUGGUCAAAGGGCAGAAACUAACCCCGCUGGUUGCGAAAUGGGAGCAGUGGAGGGUUCUUCAUCAGACCAUGGAGACGGCACACGACGGCAGACCACAAAGGUUGGAUAUACCCACAGCGGCGAGUCCUUCAAGCAAAGCUUCACAGGCUGCCGCGAGGUCCGAAGACUCUCGGCAGGUUGGUUUGUCUCCACUUCCAAACUAUGGAAGCUUGAUGGCAGGAAAACUCUUGCCGUCGACAGCUUUGAGAUCCGCAUGCGCGUGUUCAAAAGAACCUUGUAACGAAGUGAAUUCACAAGCUCUCCAAGCUGCAAUUACAAGGUUUCCUGCGCAACCGAUCGAGCUCUUGCCGAGGCCAUCUGCAGCUGGCGCGCAAGCUAGCCAAACAAGCCAAACAAGAACCCUCUCAGACAAAUCAGAGCCUUCUCGUGCGUCUUCGGAAGCAAAUGUCCGACUCAGAUGUCGCAGCCUAGCAUUGGGUGCCAGUCACCUUUUUGGCUUGGGGCUCAUCCCAUACUAGCGCUCUGUCCCGGGCACAAGGUCGCAACGUCGAAUCUGUGGAGCACUUCAGUUAUCCUAUUUUCCCGCUGCUUGGAGACUCGUUUUGGGGCCAGAUUUUAAGAAACGAAGUGAUUGCCGCCCCAAGUUCG